AUGGCAACUGCUCCAGCGGAAUGUGUUUCUAUCGAAUCAAUGUAUGUAUAUUUUGGGACAUUGAAACUUCGAGUAGUAAAACCCACUGUUGUGCACAUAAAUCAUAUCAUAAUCUGUGUUUAUAAUGUGAAUGAUGCGCAAAAGUUUUCCAUACAAAUUGCCUCGAAACAUAUCUGUAAAGCAUUGCUUUGUCAGAGUGGCCAACAUAAAGCGAUAGCUUUUUUGGUUAAUCGAUUCUGCGCUCACAAAAUUCGAGAAACAUUGCACAUCACAUCAAUGCCAGAAGCAACGAUCGGAAGUAAUGCUCCGUACUUCGAUCCAGAAAGUGCACGCAUCUGUCAGAGGUAUAUAUUGGUUGAUAUAGCAAGGUGUACCAAGAACGAUAUGGAUUUAUUAAAGUGGGUUUUGCGCUUAGUAGGAGAAGCCAAAUUGCUUUUCAAGGCUCAAAGUAUUGGACAGAGUGUACUUAUGAAUGCAUCAUCAGGAAACUUUUUUGGAGAUAUGGAUGAAAAUGAUUUCGUGACUCUGAUACGAGAUAUUGGACUGAAUGUCAGACAGGUAUCGGGUACUGUACCGAAUUUUGCAUCACGUCUUAUUGAUAGUAAUGCAUGUAAUGUCAAUUCUACAGAUGUCCUCUCUCAACCGUCACAAAUAUUUCUUCACAAUCAACCGCACGUAUAUAUCAACAGUCGACGCCCUCUAUCAGCUGUUCGCUCACAAGAAAUUGCCAAACUACCAGAUGUUCAGGAGCUCAGAGAUAUUACAUAUCAUCAGUCUAAUCCAACAUGUGCCGUGCAGCAUCGUCCGAUCACUGUUAACAUUGUGCGUGUAGCACAACCUCGACAUAGUUCAUCAUCUUUAACUUCCUCUCCUGGUAUACAUGUGUUUCACAGACGUAAUUCUGCUGUUGCUGAGCCAGUGAUGCUACGGAAUACACGCACUGUCAGUCGAUCGCCAUCCAAAAAGGCUUCUGUUUUGAUGCACUCGGGUACACAAUUACAAACCAUCAAGCAGGAGCUGAAUGCUUCUGAACUCUCUUUGAAUGCUACACUCAACAAACCAUCAACCUCACGUUAUGGGAUGCCAUCAGAAGCGAAAAUGUCCACUCAAAACUCUAAACGAAUAGUACAUAUUAUUGAUGAUGAGGACGAUGAAGGUGGUCCUUUGAAACUCGCAAAAGGACCAAAAUUGGAUUUGUUAUUAAAUUAUCCUCGCGACCAGCCAACCAUAUCAAUUCACUAUGCUGAUGUGGAAUAUUUGAGACCAAAUGAAAUGUUAAAUGAUACAAUCAUAGAGUUUUAUUUAAAAUACAUACAAAUGGAAUUAGUAUCAUCAGAGAGGCGUCCAUCUAUUUUUAUAUUCAAUUCCUUCUUUUAUUCGCGGUUAACACAAAUGCCAGCUGCCGGUUCCAGUGUAAUUCAUACCACUUUUUCUCGCGCGAAAUGGAUCGCCGAGAAUUAUAAAGGAGUGCGAACAUGGACAAAAAAUGUGGACAUUUUUAACGCUGAUUAUAUUGUUGUCCCCAUUGUUGAAGAUAUCCAUUGGUAUUUAGCCAUAAUCACUUUUCCUCGAUACGCUAUUGUUAAUCGUGUGCAAGAAGCAACAAAUGGCAAGGAUGAUAAUGUUAUACCGAAAAGGUUAAGGAAAACAUGUAUCAUUUUGCUGGAUUCGUUGGCCGAUGCUACAGAUAUAAAGAGGAAAUUAACUGUUCCCGUUUUGAGACAAUAUCUUGUUUAUGAAUAUGAAGAUAAAAGGAAAUUAAAGGAUGGGGACACAAAGUACUUUGCAAAAGAAUUGAUUGAAAAGAUUGUGCCGUUUCCUGUUCCUCAGCAAAGGAACUAUACAGAUUGUGGAUUAUUUCUGUUAAAAUUUGCCGAAUGUUUCUUGCUGAAACCACCGUUGUUUAUAACUCGGAAUGAUUCAUUUCGACGAUGGUAUCCAAAUUUUACAAUCAGAGGCAUGAGGAAAACUAUUCUUACGAAGUUAAAAUCAGCAUGUGAUGAAGAAGCAUGGCGAGCUUACGAAGAAUACUCUAGAAAUCGCGAUGUAAACAAUCAAUCGGUUGAAGACAUUCUUCCGAAACAGUCAACCUUUAGUCGUUCACCAUCACCAAUGCCGCGCCGACGAACAGCAAGUGCUGGAGAUCAUAUAAACUGGAAUGGACAUUUUGAACGCGGACGGUCAUUACCUGCUCGCAUUUCUUAUUGA